AUGAGUUUGGCGGACACGGAUUGCUCCGAGGAAGGUUCGGUGAUUCUUGAGCCUCCAGAUCCUGAUAUCAUUGAAAUUGAUCCUACUUGUCGUUAUUUUAGGUAUAAUGAAGUAAUUGGCAAAGGAGCUUUCAAGACUGUCUAUAAGGCAUUUGAUGAAAUCACUGGGCUUGAAGUUGCGUGGAGCCAAGUUCGGAUUGACGAGGUAUUACAAUCGUCGGGCGACCUAGAAAGGCUGUAUUCAGAAGUGCAUCUUUUGAGAUCUUUGAAGCACAGUAACAUUGUAAGGUUCUACAAUUCAUGGGUUGAUGACAAGCAAAGGAAUGUUAACAUGAUAACUGAGUUGUUCACCUCAGGGAGCCUGAGACAGUACCGAAAGAAACACAAGAAGGUUGACAUGAAAGCUGUUAAAGGAUGGGCAAGACAGAUUUUGAUGGGUUUAGUUUACCUCCAUAAUCAUGCUCCGCCUAUUAUACAUAGGGAUCUCAAGUGCGAUAAUAUAUUUAUAAAUGGUCACCAAGGAAUAGUUAAGAUCGGAGAUUUGGGGUUGGCAACUCUCUUGAAGCAGACUAAUGCCAAGAGUGUAAUUGGAACUCCGGAGUUUAUGGCGCCUGAAUUGUAUGAUGAAAAUUAUAACGAAUUGGCUGACAUAUAUUCUUUUGGGAUGUGCAUGCUGGAGUUGGCUACUUCCGAGUAUCCUUACCGAGAAUGUAGAAACUCUGCUCAGAUAUACAAGAAAGUUUCAUCUGGCAUAAAGCCGGUUUCUCUUUCUAAAAUCAAAGAUCCGGAAAUAAAAUCAUUUAUUGAGAAAUGUCUUGUCCCGGCAUCACAAAGAUUGUCGGCAAAGGAGCUUCUGAUGGACCCUUUUCUUGAAGUGAAUGGUUCAAUAAAGAGUCGCCCUCUUCCAUUACCAGAUAUUGUUCUACCUAAAUUCGGAGGCUUUGAAAAUCGCUGUCUGAUGUCAGAAGGUCCUGCUAGUGCACGAAUUGGAUCCAUAGCAAUGGAUCUUGGUGAUACCAACGAGCAACCAUUGAUCACUGUGUUUUAUAAUUCUGUUGAUGAUUCACCACCUUCUCCAUGUAUUGAGAUUCGAAGGUUCGUGGGAGGUGAUAGAUUUUUUCUCAAAGGUGAAGAAAAUGACGUGAACUCCGUGUCAUUAGUUCUAAGGAUAACUAAUCAGGGUGGGCGAGCAAGAAAUAUCCAUUUCAUAUUCUACCUCAAUAGUGAUACAGCCAUCUCGGUGUCAAAAGAAAUGGUUGAGCAACUUGAACUUGCUGAGCAUGAUGUUAUUUUCAUCGCCGAGUUGAUUGAUCUGUUACUGACGACAUUGGUUCCUGAUUGGAAGCCUUGUGUAGCCAUUGAUCACUUAAUUUCUCCAAAUGGUAAACGAGUUUAUCUGAGCCAACAGAAACAAGAUGCGCUCUUGGCAAAAUACAAACAAAACUCACUAGAUGCUAGCCAAGUUGUGGCAGAAUAUGCAGGUCCCUCAACCUCGAAUGAGAGAUUGACCGAAAAAGAAAACAUCGAUAACUUGAUUUUUGAAGAUGUUUUAUCCCAUGCAACCAACACAAACGAUUUAUAUUCUGUGACAUCAUACACUUCAGCAACAUCUGACUAUAAUGAUAAGAAUUUUUCUACAGUUUCAUUCAUGUCUGCUAGGUCGGGAUUCACAGACUUCAACUUACCUACAGUGAACGGAUGGAGUCAAUCCUCACAUGCAUCUGAUGUUGGGGCAUCUUCUGAUAAAAAGAGCAAGUUUCCGGGCAUGGAAAGCAACAAUGUCUCAUUCUAUGAAACUGAGGAUGAGUUAAGAGUUGAGUUAGAGAAAGUUGAACGGCAAUAUCAAGAGACAAUGAAAGAUUUAACCAAAAGAAGAUACGAGGCCAUCUUGGAGAUCAGAAAGAGGCUGUCACACAAAAAUACAAUCAUUGAAUAA